CCUUCCUCUUAUAUUCUCUCACUACAGUAGUGGCUCUUCUGCUCCAGGCCUUCUUCAACCUCUCGCUUUCCCUCUCUCCUGCCCCUGUCCAUCCAUGGCGGAAACGUUCUUCCCUUUCGAUCCCGCUUCCAUCCCCAAAGUCUAAUCAACAUUCACAUAUAUCUAUUUUACAAUCCUCUUUUCUUUCCUAGUUCGUAACUUCUCAGAUCUCUAUCUCCAUUCCCUUUCUCAAUCGUGCUAAAAACUGUAGGAAUUAUUCCUAAAUCGGUGAUGGAUAGGUUUUGUAGUGAAAUCCCCAAUGCAAUCUCUGGCAACGCAUCGAUUGGAGGCAUAACCGUUUCCAGAGAUGAACGGCGUGGAUACGACCUUCACUCCAGUCGCGGUUUCCGGCAUUCUUGUUACAAUGCCAGCGGAAUCGAUGAAUGUAGUAAUAUAUAUGUACCCAAAAUUGGUAGAUUCUCUGAAGCAUCAUCAUCAUCUAGUUCGAGGUUGAAUUCUCACACUCCUUCCUUUACCGAAGAAGACCCGCGGCUCUGGAUGCCGGAUUUUGGUAGCAACAAUUUUGCAUCCGUAAUGAGAAUGGAGGAGCAUGGGCUGCUCGAGAAACUCCAGUUCCUGCGGCUGCGAGAUAAUCUAAGUAAAGGGUGCUUCACCCCUGCCAAAGCCGUCACGACGAACCCUUCGUUUCAUCACAGUUCUGUUCUGACGGAUUUUUCACCAUUAGAUGACAGGAUGAGACUGCUGAAGAUUUACUCCAGUGGGUGGAUCGGUGAUCGGCCGGGCUUCUCUUAUCCACCUCAAUUUAAGACGAGAAGCCCAGAUGUUGCCGCUGACACUCCGCUAACUGAAUACUAUCUUCGCUGUAAGGGUAAUGAUGUUCAUCUCAAUCCAACUUUUGGCAUUCUCAAUUCGGAGGACUCUGUAAAUGGUUAUCGCAGCAAGCUACAAUAUGAGUUUCCUGUCAUUAAUGGAAGAUUUGCAAGGAGUAUCGAAGCUUUUGGGUGUGAAGAUAGUUUUAUUAUGCAGGAGAAGGGCCUAUAUUCUAGUAAGUGUAACCGAAAUGCUCUUGGAGAUUGGAGGAGGACAGGAAUCAAUAUUGCUCAUACGGAGAUGGUCCAAAAGUUCCAAAGACUCAGCCCUUCUGCUUCUCUGCUUCAUAAGAAGGAAUCAAUAUAUCAUAUGGCCAAGGAUCAAGAUGGAUGUCGUUUCUUACAAAAAAAAUUAGAAGAAAGAAAUGCCGAAACAAUCGACUUCAUAUUUUAUGGGGUGAUUGAUCAUGUGCUUGAGCUGACGGAAAAUCCAUUUGGGAAUUAUCUCAUGCAAAAACUCCUUGAAAUCUGCAGCAUGGAACAGAGGAUGAAGAUCAUCCGUAAGCUAACGUCACAACCAUCUGAACUUAUUAGAAUCUCUCUAAAUACUCACGGGACUAGAACUGUGCAAAAGCUAAUUGACACUCUCAAAACAAGGGAAGAGAUUUUACUGGUUACUUGUGCUCUCAGGCCAGGCUUUCUGCAACUCAUCAAAGAUCCCAAUGGUAAUCAUGUCGUCCAAAAAUGUCUUUUAUCUCUGAAAGCAGAGGAUAACAAGCAGUUCAUUUUUGAUGCCGCAACAAAGCAUUGCAUUGAUAUUGCUACUCAUCGACAUGGCUGUUGUGUUUUACAAUGUUGCAUAUCUCGUUCCAAUGGAGAACAACUUACAAAGCUACUCUUCGAAAUUUCUUCUAAUGGCCUUUUGCUCGCUCGAGAUGCUUUUGGGAAUUAUGUUGUGCAAUAUAUUCUUGAUCUCAAUAAUCCAUCAACAAAUGCAAUUCUUCUAUCCCAAUUCAAAGGAAACUAUGUGGAGUUGUCAAUGCAGAAGUUCAGCAGUAAUGUCGUCGAAAAAUGCCUUAAGGUUCUUGGUGAAGAUGAAAGGGCAAAAAUUAUAGCAGAAUUACUUCACAAGGAGACUUUUGAGCAAUUACUUCAAGAUCCAUACGCAAAUUAUGUCAUCCAGUCCGCCCUUUUUACUACUAAGGGUUCUCCUCUCCAUGCAUCACUUGUUCAUGCAAUUCGCCAUUCGGCUGCUAAGUUAAAAACAAAUCCUUAUUGCAGGCGAAUAUUUUCUAGAACUUUAAGAAAUGAUCUUUAAUUCAUUUCUUAAAAAAAACUGAAAUUAAAAUGUGUUGUUGUUUUUUAGUUUUGUAUGCUUCGUGUACGUUUAUGUUGUAGGUAUAUGAAGUAUGAGGACGUGUUGUAAGAACAUGUUCUGCUGGUUGGCUAUGUAGAAUGGUUUGUUUUUGUUGACAAUGUUAUGGUUUGUUGGUGUCAUUUAGAAAAAAAAACAUUUUUUUUUCUUGUAUUUUGAGUAAUUUUCAACAAAUAUAU